AUGUUUAUUGUUGUCUAUUUUAUAGGGGCUGUGGAUGUGCGUUUCACCCAGGAGCCUACUAAUCCAAGCUACUUCAACAAUGGCAGUGAUGCCAAGCUGGUGUGGGACUACACUGAUCCACAAAAUAAGAUUCAAUACAUUAUCUAUAGUGUUCUGGUAGAUGGUAAAUUUGUGAGAAUGAUGGUUAAUGACAGUCAUGGCGUCCAAGAACAUCCUGACAUUCCUCCAUCUUACAAAGGAAGAGUGAAAAUUGAAGGAAGAGCUACCCUGGUUAUCAAGGACAUCAAACCUGGAGACAAUACCGAAUUUGAAUGUGAAAUGUGGGGAAGCUUUUCAGGGAGUGUUAAAAGUACAGCUCAGCUUAUUGUGGCAGGUAUGCAUUAAAGACAUAACCACUGAUAAUCAAACAUAGAUCAAAUUUAUUCAACUCAUGUCUCAUAUUUUCAUAUGCAAGGCUGAAAGUGGCUAGCUAACCCAACUUUUGGGAACAAUAGAGCUACUUUUACUUGGCAUGCAACGUUCCAGAAAAGGAGAAAAUAAAUUCUACUGUUUACUUUGUUGUAAUUCUCAUCUGAGAGAAAUCAUAGAGUUAUUGCUUUAUUCUCCUGGCACCAACCACUGGGUUGCUCUGUUAUGCAUAGAUGAUUGUUAUUAAUAUGAAUAUUGAGAUUUUCUCUCAGCAAAGCUGUCAAUUAAAAAUGGUCAGUCAAAACUAGAAACAAUCUCGCUGGUUCUAUGAUUUUGCUAAAUCAGUGAAGGACAAUAUUGCAUGACCAAUCACAAACAGCAUGUGAAAUUAAUUUGGAGUGAAAAAACUGGCAUUGCUUUUCAAGCCUUUUAAAGGGACUUGCUAAAGGGAAUGAAAGUCGGCAUUACACCUUUGGCUGCUUUCUGAGGAUUGUGAUCUUCAAGGUUUACAGAUGUAAAUUUAGUCAACAGAACAGUGACUUCCUCAAGUAAGUUCUGAGACCAAGGAGCCCGUCAAUACCUGGAUUUGAUUUGUACAAUGGAGCAAAAUUUUUUUAAAGUUAUGGAAGCAAUAAACCAACAAAGUCUAUAAUCCAAGCUCUUUAUGCUCUUUUAAAGACGUUGAGCAUGUAAACAGAAAAUAAUUCAAUGAUGAUCAACUUGGCCAGGUAGGAAUCCUGUUCUGAGAAAAUGCAGUUAUUCAUUCAACAGCUGUAAUUUUAUUGCUGACUUUGGUUGCUCCACUGAGAAACUGGCUGAGUUCUGCAAAGAGCUCCAAGGGACUAAAAGUAUUCAAUUUCAAUUUAGAGUAUGAAACAUUUUUGAGCUCAUGCAACCUAAACUUUUCAAAAACUUUUCAUGUAUAAAACGGAAGCGUAUUGUUCUUUGAAAGACUUUUUAAUCUUCUAUCUGAGUGUUUAAACUUUCAUUUUCCAACACAGUAUCUUGGAUGUCCUAACAACCUUAAGUACAUGAAAACAAUUGUGAUAUUAAGACUCAGUGUGUAACUUGUUGGUCAUUUAACUGUGAUUCAAAGUUGAAAACAUUUGUGAUAUUUCAAUACUCAUGUACAAUUUACUUCAUUGUUUGCUUGAACGAUUUUAUUCACUUGUUGUGAAGAAUCCAAACUCACUGUUUACUAUAUUGUAUAAUAAAGUUCACAUGGUAACCAGGUGGACAAUCAGACAUAGUUUGAUGCUACUCGGGUUUAAAGAUUUAAUGAAUGUAACCGAAGAAGUUACAAUUCAUAGACCCAACGUUUCGACACUCCUGCCUUGUGCCUUCAUCAGGGGUGAUUAGUAAACGCUGCAACAAGAUGUCCUUUAAUACAAUCGCUAACUAGCUGCCUUUUUUUCUGACGAGGAGUAAAUGGGCGUCAGGAAGUAAGCCGCCAUUAUCACAAUUUAAAGGAGCGUGGGUGGAGUUAAUUUGCCAGGCUUCCAAACAAAGGCGCUGGUGGUAACGCCGACUAGGGGUGAUAAUUUAAGACUUAUCCCACCCAAUUGUAUCGUUAGUUAGGCAAGAGUGCUCCGACAUUGUAAUCAGUCAAAAAUUCCUGCGAAUUUGCGGAUUUCAUGAGAGAUAAAACUCUUAACGCCUGGGAAGAAUUAGUAUCUUUCGACGUUGUUUCGCCCUUCGCUAAAAUCCCAGGUGAUCUUGCCGUUAAGGAUGCGGAGGAGAGGCUAAGAGAAGAUGCUUCCCCAGGACAAAGAACUUUUUUUCAGUGAAGGAUAUUAUUCAUAUGCUGUCUUUUUGCCUCAAAACCACGCAAUUUGCAUACAACGGCACCCACUAUCAACAGGUUUUUGGUACAGCUAUGGGUUCGCCCGUCUCUGUUGUCAAUGCCAACAUGGUAAUAGAAGACGUGGAACAAAAGGCCUUAGCUAAUUCACCGGUUAAACCCUUUUUCUGGAAAUUAAACGAUAUGUCGAUGAUGUUAUUUCUACGGUAUCCGGAAAUGAAGCGGAGCGCUUCCUAUCGCAUUUGAAUUAGGUAGAGCCGUCUAUCCAAUUCACCCUUGAGCGUGAAAAGGAUAGACAUCUGCCCUUUCUUGAUUUAAAUGUGUCCAGAGGGGAACAGGGGAAUUUAGAGACAAGUGUCUAUCGUAAACCUACCCACACCGACAAAUACCUCGCUUUCGAUUCUCACCAGCCUAUUUUCCAUAAAAAGUCUGCAGCCAAAACUUUACUCAGGAGGGCUAAUUGUCUACCAUCUUCACUCGAUUCGAAGGCUGAGGGAGAAAAUAUGUUUCUAAUGUCGUAAAGGCGAAUGGCAAUACAAAAACUUUUCUCCGUAACUGCCAAGAACCAGUUACAACUAGUAGCACUCCUGAUGAAAGAGAACCAGCGACUGGUUUUGCCAUUAUUCCUUACAUUCAGGGUGUUACGGAACCCAUCAAGAGAAUUUUGAAUAGCCACAACGUUAAAGUUGCUCAAAAACCUUUUCAACGAACAGACGCCGUUUAUUCUAUUCCUUGCGAUGACUGUGACAACGAAUACAUCGGAUAGACCAAAGUCAGUUUGGCACACGUUUGAAGGAGCAUCAAAAAGCGGUUUUCUUUUGCAAAGAAUAAAAAUUUAUCGUGAUAAUGGCGACUUACUUCCUGACGCCCAUUUACACCUCGUCGGAAAAAAAAACCAGCGAAUUAGCGAUCGUAUUAAAGGACAUCUUGUUGCAGCGUUUAGAUCACCCCUGAUGAAGGCACUGGACAGGAGUGUCGAAACGUUGGGUCUAUGAAUUGUAACUUCUUCGGUUACAUUCAUUAAAUCUUUAAACCAGAGUAGCUUCAAGUCAUGUCUCUCUGCUAACUGUUUUUGAUCGUCUAUGACUAGUGAAUACAAAUUGUCAUCUCUUUCAUGUCUUUCAUCUCCACCAAAAUGCUGGUUGUCGUUGACGUGUAGAUUGCGUUUGGACAAAAGUUGUGACAUAAAGAAUGGAGUCUGUUAUGUAACCAGAUAAACUAUUGUUGUGGAGAAGUGUGUUUUAGUGAAUUUGAUUCUCGUUUGACCGGUUUGACAGCUCUUCAUUCCAUAGUUUUCUCCCGUCUGCUAACCUCGUAUCCAAGAUGUCCCGUGCGCUGUCAAUAGUUUUGCAAGUUUUGACUUAGUGUGUUCAUCAUAAUCCUUUUGGCAUUGAUUUUCGAAAAAAUUUCAUCUUUAUCUUACUAUAUUUCAUCUUCAAGUGAUUAAAUACCUUUUUCCAAGUAGCAUAGGGUCUUCCAUGUUUAGCCAUGUAGGACACUUAAAUUUGGCUUACAUCCUAAGGUUUCUGUUAUUUUACGGCUGAUGUUAUCGAUGACAUUGAUGAGGCUAAUGCUCCCACGGUUUUUGCGAUUGGAAGACAGCUAAGCACUAUUUUGUUCCUUUUGAUAGGCGGCACAUUUUAUCACAAUUUGGAGGAAAUCUGCCUUCUUCUGGUCUCCUAGUUUCCUAGUUGAUAAGAGUUGAUGAUUUUUCUUGAUUGGGUUCAGACUUCUACUUUAAGUGGCAUUUUGAACAAAUUCACUUUGCGUAAAUGUACUUUAACCAUAGCUGCGUUUACAUAGAAAUACCAGCAAAGUGCGGCGAUGACUCAGCGUAAUCUUGGUGGAGAUCUGGUAUAUGUUGUGGGCUAGACAAUUCUGCGCCUACUUACGAGAUGGCAGGUUAAUAACAAAUGGGCACAGAGAGAAAAAUUACAUAUUUUAUUUGUACAAUAUUUUCUUCAAAGUUUCAGAUCAGCAAUUGUAAAUGUGCAGAUAUUAUUCUAUAGAUAUUAGACAGAUCAAUAGCGAUUUCCUAAAAUUUUUGACAAUAAAAAUGAACGGUAGAAGACGACGUUUCGAUCAAACUUCGGUCAUUUUCAAGUGAAUAGUAAGAAUGUCACGAUGAAAAUAUAUAUGCGUGUAAGAAGUAGAAAAUGUUUUGGAAGUGUAAACGGACAAUAAGAACAUGCAAAGAGAAGAAAUAAUUAAGCUAAUUGAAACCAAAUUAAAUUUAAAAAUUAAAAUUAAAAUCCUAAUUAAAAACCUUUGCACGAAUUAAGUCCGACUGCACAUUGAAAGCAGGGUUAAGUUCUUGAAUAAAAAACAUUUCAUAAAUUAGGUAGUCAAAUUUGUUCGCAUUCUUCUUUAAAAGACUAAAAUUCUUCGUAAGAUCCCUUGGGGCCAAAUAAUGCUUGUUGCGAAAAUGCUUGUUAAUCGAUGGAGUCGAUUUUCUGUGUUAUUGAACAUGUUUACGCAGAUGGCAGCGUGUAAAACCAACAUAACCUGCAUCGCACAGGUCACAUUUAAAUUUGUGAACAACGGUCGAGUGGCAACAGACGGGUAUGCUAUGAGCUCCCCCUUGAUCCUCUAUUAGCCAUUUUUUUUUUAAGUGCGGCAUCGAGGAUACCCAUAACAUCGAUAAAACUGACGUCUAUAUAACGCGCGUUGUUUAGGAAUCAUUAAUUAAUCCCGUUUGUCUUUGAGGUCGUGUGACCUGUAAUUUGUGCAAAAUUACAUAUGCUGCCCGUUUUAGGAAAGAUUUCUUUUAGUUUUUUGCUUAGUCAUUAGUACUACAGUACUAACGGUGUUCACCAGUACUACAGUACUAUCAGUACGUAUGCUAACUGUGUCACUAGUGUACCAACGUACUAGCGUACUAACUCCACUUUUCCAAUGAAUGAAUUGCUUCGUUAUGUACUAGCGUUCGAUUAAUGGACUGCAUGUCACUAGCGUACCAACGUACUAGCGUACUAACUACACUUCUCGAACAAGCAUGAAUGACUUGCGUACCAACAUACAAGGGUUCGAUUAAAGAACUGCAUGUCUCGUGUGUACCAACGUACUAGCGUACUAACUCCACUUCUGCGACAACCAUGACUGAUCUACGUCCUUGUGUACAAGCGCUCGAUCAGAGGACCGCAUUUCACUAGCGUACCAACGUACUAGCGUACUAACUACACUUCUCGAACAAGCAUGAAUGACUUGCGUACCAACGUACUAGGGUCGAUUAAAGGACUGCAUGUCUCUUGUGUACCAACGUACUGUAGUACUUGGUACGGACAACUCAUCAUGGCUUGUUUAUUUCUUAGUACGUUAGUACUGUAGUACUCGGUAAGGUCAACUCAUCACGGCUUGUUUAUUUCUUAGAACGUUAGUACUGUAGUAAUCGGUACGGACAUCUCACCACGGCGUGUUUAUUUCUUAGUAUGUUAGUACUGUAGUAUUCGAAACGGAAAACUCAUCACGGCUUGUUUAUUUCUUAGUACUGUAGUACUCGGUACGGAAAACUCAUCACGGCUUGUUUAUUUCCUUAGUACGUUAGUACCGUAAUACUCGGUAAGGUCAACUCAUCACGGCUUGUUUAUUUCUUAGUACGUAAGUACUGUAGUACUCGGUACGGACAACUCAUCACGGCUUGUUUAUUUCUUAGUACGUUAGUACCUUAGUACUCGGUACAGACACUCAUCACGGCUUGUUUAUUUCUUAGUACGUUAGUACUGUAGUACUCGGUACAGACACUCAUCACGGCUUGUUUAUUUCUUAGUACGUUAGUACUGUAGUACUCGGUACGAACAACUCACCACGGCUUGUUUAUUUCUUAGUACGUUAGUACCGUAGUACUCGGUACGGACAACUCAUCACGGCUUGUUUAUUUCUUAGUACGUUAGUACCUUAGUACUCGGUACGGACAACUCAUCACGGCUUGUUUAUUUCUUAGUACGUUAGUAUCGUAGUACUCAGUACGGACAACUCAUCACGGCUUGUUUAUUUCUUAGUACGUUAGUACCGUAGUACUCGGUACAGACACUCAUCACGGCCUGUUUAUUUCUUAGUACGUUAGUACUGUAGUACUCGGUACGGACAAAUCAUCACGGCUUGUUUAUUUCUUAGUACGUUAGUACCUUAGUACUCGGUACGGACAACUCAUCACGGCUUGUUUAUUUCUUAGUACGUUAGUACUGUAGUACUCGGUACGAACAACUCACCACACCUUGUUUAUUUCUUAGUACGUUAGUACUGUAGUACUCGGUACGGAAAACUCAUCACGGCUUGUUUAUUUCCUUAGUACGUUAGUACCGUAAUACUCGGUACGGAAAACUCAUCACGGCUUGUUUAUUUCUUAGUACGUUAGUACCUUAGUACUCGGUACGGACAACUCAUCACGGCUUGUUUAUUUCUUAGUACGUUAGUACUGUAGUACUCGGUACGGACAACUCAUCACGGCUUGUUUAUUUGCUUAGUACGUUAGUACUGUGGUACUCGGUACGGACAACUCGUUACGGCGUGUUCUUCACCUGUUUAGUGCCUUAGUACGUUAGUACCUUAGUACUCGGUACAGAUACUCACCACAGCAUGUUUAUUUCUUAGUACGUUAGUACCGUAGUACUCGGUACAGACACUCACAACGGCAUGUUUAUUUGUUAGUACGUUAGUACUGUAGUACUCGGUACGGACAACUCAUCACGGGUGUUUAUUUCUUAGUACGUUAGUACUAGAGUACUCGGUACGGACAACUCAUCACGGCUUGUUCUUCAUUUGUUUAGUGCCUUAGUACGUUAAUACCUUAGUACUCGGUACAGACACUCACCACGGCAUGUUUUUUUGCUUAGUACGUUAGUACUGUAGUACUAGGUACGGACAACUCAUCACGGCUUGUUCUUCAUUUGUUUAGUGCCUUAGUACGUUAGUGCCUAAGUACUCGGUACAGACGCUCACCACGGGUAACGUUUUCGGGCUUAUAAUGGGCAAGAAUAAUACAAGAAUAAACAAGCAAUAUAAAUAAGUCUGAUCAAACCAGCUUAAUUCUUUUUGUACCUUAAUCAUCCGUACUAAGCAAAAAAACUAGAAAAAUGAUUCCUAUAUACAAAAUAAUCAUUCCGCCGAUACCUGUCCUAUAGAAACGGAACACAUCACUGUGUUCAUCUCGAAAUUUGAACAUCGUCUAUCGGUUGUGAGAAUGGCUUUAACUGUCAGCGAUUUAAAGCUUUUGAUUUUUAAGGUUGAAACUGAAUACAAAUGUUACGCGCGACAUUUCAGGAAAUGCUGCCUUCAUAAGAGCAGUUUUGCUUCGUUCGUACUUUAUUCAUGCAUAGCAUUAUGUGAUAAUGAUAAUGAUCGUCAUGACAAAUUUUAACAGAUGCUCGUUCUUGUUUACUUCUGUUCCUCGAUAAGAGUGUUGAUAAUGAGCGGAGUUAUGAGCAAUUCUGUUGGCAAUCCAGAUUCACACUUAAGAUUCAAGAAAACAGAGCGAAUCAAAUCGUUCGAACAGUAGCGGCAGUCUUGUCAACUUGUGAACAAAUAUGUUUUUUAGCUUAACGUUAACCGCAAACAGCUGAAUGGAAUCUUAUUUUCUUCACUUAAUAAUAAUAAUAAUAAUGACUUUAUUGAAUAACACAAUUACUGGUAAAACCAGUAGUACUCAUUGUGGUCCUCUAAAACUUCAAAUAGCAAAAAUACGAAGUAAAAAUACAGUUAAAAAUGAAAAAUUUAUUAAAAAUUUCUGCUUAUAGUAAAGUUAUCAACUCUGGAGUUCCGAUAUAUAUAUUUCUUGUAUAGUUGAUUUUUAAAUUUACAAAGGAAGUGAGACCCUAGUGGCACUGUCUUGGUUGUUCCAUAAUCUAGUGCCACUUGCAAGAAAUGAACGUUUGCUGGUCAUGGUGCUAAAGAAAGGUGUGGAUAAGUUCAUUUUAGUUGACGCCCGAGUUGUGUAAUGAUGUCUAUUUUUAACAUAACGAAUAUAAUGAUUAAUUAUGGUAAAUAUAUCCUAUGGAUAAUGUUAUGCAUAAUACACAAUUUCUUUUGCUCUAUUAUGUCACUAAUGGGAAUCCAACCUAAUAUCUUAAAAAGGCCAACUGUUCUUUCAGUGCCUGCAUUUAAAAUUACUCUGGCACAACGUUUUUGAAUUCCUAGGAGCCUUUGUAAAUUAUCAGUCUUAGUGUUUCCCACACUGAUCAACAAUAUUCAAAUAUUGGUUUAAUUAAAGCGUUGUAUAGCAAAUUCCUAAGUGAUAAAUUCAGGUACUUUCUGGCUUGAAGAAGAUUUACCCUAGAAUUUAAUUUAGUGAUCUAUGACCCUAAAAUUAUCCUGGUAAAACUUUAGGAAAAUGGCUCCAGUAAACUACAGAUAACUUCACAUGACUUUACUGAUGAAUGAAUGGAUACGAUUCAACUUUUGCUGCUAGUUGCUAGCCGUAAACUUUUACGAAAACGACUUUAUUGAGCCUGAUAUUUUCUGAGCUUGCUCGCUCUCUAAGGAAGUACCCAGCAGGUCAAAACCUUUUUUUUUUCUCUUUACAAUGCAGGCAGGCCAUUUCAAAAAUAAACUGACGCCAAACGCUUUCGGACAAAACCACGUCAUGUCACUAACAUGGAAUCCUUCCUUUGUUAUAAAUAAAACACACCAUUCAACGUUAAACAAAAGAUUGCUUCAUAAAUAUUAAUGAGCUUCUUUCGCGCACGUUUUUUUGCGUGCGUUUGAAAAAAUUGCACGUGUGUGCAUGGGUUUUUUAACGCACUUUUCGCGUGAAUUUAGGGUCAAGUACCUCUGACCUGUACUGUAAUGCCCGCAACAGAUUGAGUAUGUGUUUAAUUUGCUGUGUGAUAACCUCUCUGUUGGGAACUUGCAAAACUUUUAAUAAUACUAGUUUUAGUACAAAUUGUUAAUAGUGGUCUCCAUACAGUCCAUUCUUAAUGCAGGGAAGUAAUUUGUUUUCUUGGCGUUUGACUUGGGCUUAAGAACGUUUUAUUUGUGAGUAUAAUAUUUCAACAUGUGGAGAAAGAGUCAAAAACUCUCCAUUCUGCAAACUCCCUUUGUAGAACAAUCAUGAUGAGCAAUCAAAUUAUGUAAUGUUUGAUAAAAGUUCACCUUUUAACUUUAGGUAAUGGCAAGCAGCAUUCAGCAUGCCACUGGUGUAUUCUUUUUAUCCCAAAUAAUUCAUGGUUUCUCUUUCAUCAAAAUUUCAAUUCUCUGGGUUGGGGAUGCUAUAGUAGAUCCUCUUUCAGGCUAAGUUCCAAGUGAGGUGUGGCUUGAUUGGCUCUGUUCCUAUUUGUUUGUGCAGCAGCAAAAGUUUUAACUUUCAAUAAAAGUUUUAUCAAGAAAAUUGGGAGUAGCUUUAAAGCCGGGGUCCUUAGUUUAAUGAGUGACUUCCUGAAUUAUCCCUUAAUUCCCUAGGUUGGUUGUUGGAGACCAAUUGCUGGAUACUUUUGAUUAUUUUAUUGUAACUGGGUAAAUUUUAGGACUCAGUCCAAGUAAGAUUUGUUACACCAUAUGUGGAAUGAUAUAAUUUCUUUUACCUUUCAGAGGCAUUACUUAUAAACCUCUCUUUAGGAGGAAAAUAUUUCAUUGAAGGAUCCAAUGCCACCAUAACCUGUAAAGCUUCUGGGAAACCACCACCAUAUGUAGCAUGGAUUAAAAAUGGAGUAUGGAAAAGUUCAGGGAAGGAAGCUGCAUCUUUGGAGUUCAAUAAUAUAAACAGAACAGAUGCAGGAAAAUAUACAUGUCAAGCCAAUAACUCAAUGGAAGUCACCUCCAUUAACACAACAAUUGUAGUUCACUGU